CUGACUCUCUCACAUGACCCGUACGAUCUGUCAGUCAAAGAAGCUAAAUUAUUUGAUCCUUUCUCGGUUUAAUCGUAGUAUUUGAACGCUCCGGGAUGGCCGGCCGCGGGAAACUGAUCGCCGUUAUCGGUGAUGAGGACACGUGCACCGGCUUCCUGCUCGGUGGGAUCGGUGAACUCAACAAGAACCGAAAACCGAAUUUCUUGGUGGUGGAGAAGGACACGAGCAUCACAGAGAUCGAGGAGACCUUCAAGAGCUUCUUGGCUCGUAACGACAUCGGCAUCAUCCUGAUUAACCAGUUUAUCGCUGAGAUGAUCCGUCACGCCAUCGACGCCCACAUGCAGUCGAUUCCAGCGGUGCUGGAGAUCCCGUCCAAAGAGCAUCCGUACGAUGCGUCCAAGGACUCCAUCCUGCGCCGAGCCAAGGGCAUGUUCUCCGCCGACGACUUCCGAUAAAAAACAAACUGUUCAAACACAUAUCACGUCUGCACCGUGUGUGAUGAAUAGAAACGUCCCUGACGCGUUGUUUUCCUGCACAGUGAUGGUGGAGUGUGUAUCAGUAAUUGAUCAUCUGUACGCUUUCAUUCCUCUCUGCAUCGUUGUGUUGUUGUGUUGUUGUCAUUGUGCUUGAAUUUUCAGUAAAAACAGUUUUCAGGAAGAAGAAGAGGAAGUUUCAGUUUUCAUGUGACUGAGUCUGACAAACAUCUUCCUUCCUCUGCUGGAAAUGGCUUGUGGUGGAAGCAGUGACAAGUCUGUGUUUCUUCAAAUGUUUAACAUGUUGGAAAAUAAAUGAUCCUGUUGGUGUGAA